CUGUUGAAAUAAACUAUUGAAGGCACAUAAAAAAAAAAACAUAAAGAGAUACAAGAGAGGGAGCCAGGAGCCAGGAGAGAGGAGAGAAAGAAAGCGAAGUGAGAGGAGAACAAAAAUACAAAACCUUCUUUUGUCAUUGGUGGUGUCUGAGGCAUGCACGUCUGGUCUGUUGAUCAUAACUCUCGGGGGCCUCUUUGCAUGUCUGUUCUAUGAGCUCAGGGAUUCCUGCUGAUGAAUUGAGGUUUAAAGAGCGAGAAAUUCUGGGAAAAAGUGAUUCUCUUUCUUUCUUUCUUUCUUGUUGGCUCUUCGAAAUGGAAGUGAUCACAGAGCUAUAGUGGAAGCAGAGGGGUUCAUGGAUCCUAUUAUUGGCUCUUCUAUUUCUUGGUUUACUGAAUAUGACGGUUUUGACUGUACUAGCACCAGUCUUUUGCCUAUCUUUCCCUAGCAUAAACCUUCAAGGAAGCCACGUAUCCAAGAAUUUCUUUCAUAUUUCUGAGCUCGAAGCUGGUCUUGAUCUUAGCCCCUGGAAUCCAUGGAUACUACUGGGUAAAAUCACAAAUCCUUCCAGUGUGGGAAUAUAGUAUUUGAUUGAGAUGAUGAAAAAGAGAUCAAGAACUGCAACAAGCAAGCAAGCUCUAAUGUCACAGCAUAGCUCAAUCCCCUCUCCAACAGACAAGUUCAGAAAACCGACUUCAUUUCCGAAAUUGCUCACUGGCCUCACCUUCAAGAACUUCUCAGAAACAGCAGAGGCAAUUAUGAGCCCAACUUCAAUUCUUGAUAGCAAGCCCUUCUCAGGCCUCAAAAACCCCUUCUGGCAUGACGCAUGCCCCAGUCCUAAAACCCCGGAACCUGAUACCAGGCGCCACUGGGACAAACUAGACUCCAAAGGCAUUGGUCUUGGCAUUGUUGAUGCUCUUGACGAUGAAGAAACUGACUCCAAUUUGUCAAAACCAGAAAGCAGAAUGGUUCUGUUUGGGUCCCAAUUAAAGAUCCAAAUCCCUCCUUUGCCUCCACCAUUUCUUUCACCAACGGAUCAAUCUCCCAAACUUAACGGUGAUUUUGGUAUCAAAACGAGAAACUCUCAAUUCGGUUCUUUCUCAUCUGGGUUAUCCCCUUCUCCAGUGAAGAAAUCAUUAUUCGGAUCGGCUAAUUCGGGCAUGGACACUCCUAAUUCUCCCCGGGUCUUCACUGGGUGUCUUUCUGCUAGUGAAAUGGAGCUCUCUGAGGAUUAUACUUGUGUAAUCACUCACGGGCCUGUUCCCAAAACUACUCAUAUUUUUGACAAUUGCAUUGUUGAGAGCUGUUGUGGUGCUGUUGGCUUCUCUGCUUCUUCAAGGAAAGACAACAAUAGAUUUUUGGGUGACGGGUUAACUUAUCGAUCUGAUAGUUUCUUAAGCUUCUGCUCUUCUUGCAAGAAGAAUCUUGAGCAGGGAAAAGACAUCUACAUUUACAGAGGGGAAAGGGCAUUCUGCAGCAAUGAAUGCCGGUACCAGGUGAUGCUGUUAGAGGAGGGAAUAGAUGAAGUGGAUCCAGAUAGUGCUUGUGAACUUGUUCCUGAUGCCAGUUUUCAUAAUUUCGAGUAGUCUUCCUUGCCUGAAAGCUGGACCAACCUAAGAAAUAAACCAACCAGGCAACUACUCUCUCAUCAUAAGGGUAGCUUUGUAGGACUAUUACCAAAUUCUUGCUUCAAUUCAAGACAGGUGUAAUUGAUAAAAGCGUAAGCAAAGAUAGGAGGUAAUUCAAUGCAAUGCUUGAACCUGUUUUCAUGUUUUCUCCCUUGUUUUAUCACUUCGUUACUCUCUCCUUGUAGAAAAUAGACAGGGACCCAGAAGCCAAAAUAUGAUCUGUAAAUUUGAUUUUAUUGAAGUGAUGAUUUUGGUGCUU